AUGAGCAAUGCAUCAUCUUCUGUUAGCGAGGACUUUACAAAAUGCCUACCAAAGAUAGAGCUCCAUGCCCAUCUAAGCGGUAGCAUAACGCGACAAUGCCUCCAUGAAAUAUGGCUUUGCAAAAAAGCUCAAGACCCAAGUUUUGCAGUUGAGGAUCCAUGGGUACUUAUGCCACCUGGAAAGAUUAAUUAUGGACUUGAUAUUUUUUUCGAUGUAUUCUCUAAGUCAAUCUACAAUCUCGUCAAUGACGCUGAGACUAUACUCUAUACGACAAAGUCCGUGCUAAAUGAUUUCCGAGCUGAUGGGGUACGAUACCUGGAAUUACGAACUACCCCUCGAGAAAUUCGUGAUGAGUAUGGUCAUGUACUCAUAUCAAAAGAUGAAUAUGUCAAUAUUGUUCUGAAGGGCAUUCGCGAGUUCGAUCAUGAGCAGCGGAAAGAUAAUAAACCAAUGGAUACAAUGUCAAUCUACCUAAUCCUCUCUAUCGACCGAGGUCACGACACAACUUCCUCAGCAGAAGAAGUCGUCAACAUCGCCAUACGCCACCGUAACAACAUCGCUUACCCCUCAAACCCAACCAUAGUCGGCAUAGACCUUUGCGGAAACCCACUAAAGGGGGCCGUCUCAAUAUUUCGCUCCGCUUUUCAGCGUGCAAAAGAACAUCAUCUAGGCACAACAAUCCAUUUUGCGGAAACCAUAUACUCGAAUGAGAAUGUAUCUCAGGAACUCGAGACUCUUUUAUCGUUUGAACCGGAUCGGUUAGGUCAUGUAAUCCAUGUACCCGACGAGAUUAAGGAGAAGAUUGCCGCGAAAAAGAUUGCGUUGGAGUUGUGUAUGUCGUGCAACGUACAUGCAAAGAUGAUUCAUGGUGGAGGGUUUGAGGAUCAUCAUUUUGGGUAUUGGUGGAAAAGGACGGAGUGUGCUAUUGCUUUAUGCACCGAUGAUGUGGGAUUCUUCUGUAGUCCGGUUUCGCAGGAAUAUUUACUAGCUUCGGAGCAUUUCGGACUAGGUCGUGAGGAGUUGAUAGCUCUCUGUGAGAGGGGUGUUGAUAGUAUCUUUGGUGGUGAAGAGGAAAAGACUCGUAUGCGAAGGUUGUUGACAGACUUUUCAAAAUCAAAUGUUCAGUAG